CUUUGUCAACGCGUCGCAUGCGUGGAACGGCAAGUCAAAGUAUAAAACGAAUAUUUCGAAAAAAACCCUACAAAUUGUGUUUUCUAGAAAAGUGCCUUAACUGAGUGUUACAAGUGAAAUUGUUUGAAACAAGAAAUAAAGUACAAAAACCGUAGAGUUUAAAAGUCUACUUAAAGUUCACCAUGUCACCCUUAAGCUGUUCAACAGGCGGCAAUUUGCUGCUGGUUCUAUUUAGCCUUCUGAUGUGCUUCAAUGCAGCCAAUGGAGUCUUACGUUGCUGGCGCUGUUCCACAGAUGUGUCGAAUGGUGAAUUCUGUAAUGAUCCCUUUCAGCCGGAUACCAUAUCGGAGCAACAACGCUACUGGAGCUAUGUGAAUUGUACUUACUCGGUGGGCGUCAAGUCGGUGAAUGCUCGACCCGUGUGCAAGAAACUUGUGCAGGAAGUCUAUGGCAAGCGAGUUAUUUCGCGGUCCUGUUUCUAUGAGGAUGUCGACGAUCCGGCGGACAAAUGUGCCAUGGACACAACAUCUUCGUACAUUAAGACAGUGUAUUGUCGUACUUGCACCACAGACGGUUGCAAUGGUGCUAAGGGAUUUGCCCCUUUAAUGGGUCUUCUAGUGUUGCCCCUGUUAGCUGCACUGAGGCAGCUGCUAUGCAAAUGAGUCCAAGAUGCUUCAAUGAAAGAGACUUAAUUACACCGAAUUCCAACUAAAAUGGGAACAAAGCAACAACAAAAACAACAACAUCAACAACAACAACAACAAGAGCAACAGUAAACAUUUUUUGCAAUUUAAACCUAUUUCUAUAAUUGAAAUGAAACUUAUUUGCCUCACAUAGUGCACAAAGUCACCGAAAAUAUAAAGAAAAAAAUUCUAUAAGCAAAUGCAAAAAUGCAUCUCCACACCAAAAAAAAAAAAAAAAACAAAAUGUAAAUCACACAUUAUAAACAAUCAGUGAAUUGAAACACACAAUUUUUCACAAAACAAAACACACUCACACACACAUA